AUGGGAACCCUUAACGCAAGCGUGUAUCAAGUACAAAUGAACGCCAAAAGACCUAAAUCCCACAGGACUAUAUCGGACUGGGAGUCAAAAUGUGAGCUUUGUCAAACGCCUGCUACAGUAGAAUGGAAGUGUUUAAACUGUUCUGAUUUCAUGUGUGCUAACUGCUACAAGAUUCACAAGCACGGAAAACUGACCAAGAUGCACACUAUCAUCUCAAAAAUGAAUAGAGGCAAAGAGAGCAACUUACUUCACAACAUCCGAUGCGAAAAGCACGAAGAUGAAAACUUAGAAAUCUUUUGUGCUAAGUGUGACAAACCGAUUUGCAAGAUGUGUCUCAUAACAGAGCACAAUUCGCACAGUUUGACGCAAUUGGAAACAAAAGCGGAAGAAGAAAGUGCCAAGAUACGGAAACUGCUGAGCGAAGUUUCGGCCACCAAAAUUAAACAUUUUCAAGAGCAAAUUACAAAUCAAGAAGCGGCUAUCGAAACUUUUAAUCAGAAGGACAAAACGGCUUCACGUGAUUUGGAGGCAAAAACGGCAAAGAUGAUAGGUAUUAUUAGAGAAAUCAGCAACAAACUAGUAAAGGAGAAUGCCAAUCGUUUGGAAUCUAUGAAAAAGCACAAAACAUCACUGAUGAAGGAAUUGGCACAAAUCAAGAAGUCUGUAGAAGAGGCGGAAAUUAGUUUACAGAAAGGAAAUGCUCUGGAAAUAAUUCAGAAGUCUCAUUACUUUGAGAGGAAACUUGGCCCAAAAGUCCCGGAUGUAUUGCAUCCAGUGUAUCACGAUUUCUCCAAGUUCAGAAUAGACAAGGAAAUUUUUACGGCUUUGAAAAAAGAAUGUAAUGCAAGAUCUUACGAACGAGAUUUUGCGGAGUUGUUGGAGAAAAAUAAAGUCCUACAACACGAGCUGGACAAAGUAACAAUGGAGAAAGAGAAACAAGUGAAGUCUCUCCAGUCCAAACUAAAUGCAGUCACGAUCAGGAAAAGCAACUUAGAGAAAGAAUUGCGCUCUUUGAGGGAUUGGAAGACACAGAUGGAACAAGAACAGGCCACCUAUAGAGAGUCAAUAAACAGCAACAACGAAAACACUGAAGCUCUGAAAGAACAAGUGAAGAUUUUGCAGUUAGAGAUCGAGAGUUUGUCUGAAAACACUAAUAGUUCUAAUAAAAGUCAAAGAUACAGGGAUCUGGAAAAAGAAAACGAGAGGCUGCGAGCUGAAAAGAAUCGAUUGCAAAAGGAAGGCGGGACAGCAACACUUAAACUAAGAAAAGAGCUCCAUGCAGCGAAGAAAGAACCAGGCAGACCAGAGCAAGGAAAAGAGACGUAG